AUGAAUUUGUCACGUUAUAGUCGACAAUCAUCACCGCCUGUUUAUACUUUUAAUAUAGAAGAUCAAAGAACAGGCCGAUCAAAACUAACCAUAAUUACAACUAUUACAACAGUAUUCUCAACAACAGUUACAUCUAGUUCUUUUCCAUCAUCAAAUUCAAAUUAUACAUUAACAACAAAUCAUAUAAAAAAUGUUGGUUGUACAGUGGAAAAUUAUGCAUCUUUUUAUAUUAAAUGGAAAUUGAAAAUUUGGGCUAAACGUUAUUUAUUACCAACUGUAAUAGCUACUGCUGUAGGUGCUGCUAUAUUAACAGCUGUUCUUGUUCCAGUUCUAUUGACAUAUCUUCAAACACCAGCAACUACAACAUCAACAACAACAAGCAGUACUACCGUCACCACUACAACAACUUCGACCACCACUACUACCACCACCACGAGCACUACUACUACAACUACGACUACUACGACUACUACUACUACAUCGACAUCAACUACCACAUCGGUAACAACUACAACGACAUCAUCAAGUUCAACAUCAGCAACAACAAGUACCACAUCAUCAACUUCAACAUCAGCAACAACAAGUACCACAUCUACAAGUUCAACAUCAACAAGUUCAACAUCAACAGCUACAACAUCAACAGCUACAACAUCAACAUCAACAGCUACGACAUCAACGGCUACAACAUCAACGGCUACAACAACAAUUGCUACAACAUCAACAGUUACAAUGACAACCACUGCUGUGGGGAAAUUGAAAAUUUGGGCUAAACGUUAUUUAUUACCAACUGUAAUAGCUACUGCUGUAGGUGCUGCUAUAUUAACAGCUGUUCUUGUUCCAGUUCUACUGACAUAUCUUCAAACACCAGCAUCUACCACAUCAACAACAACAAGCAGUACUACCGUCACUACUACAACAACUACGACCACUAGUACUACCACCACCACGACCACUACUACUACGACUACGACCACUACGACUACUACUACUACAUCGACAUCAACGACCACAUCGGUAACAACAACUACGACAUCAUCAAGUUCAACAUCAGCAACAACAACUACGACAUCAUCCACUUCAACAUCAGCAACAACAACUACGACAUCAACAAGUACGUCAACUGCUACAACAUCAACAGUUUCAACAUCAACAGUUUCAACAUCAACACAAACAACUACACAAACUACAUGA